GGGUACUGAAGCUAAGCGAAGUCGGGAGUGCGAGAUUCCGGUUCAGUGUAAGUGUCUUUAUAGGGCAGCAUGGCAGCUCCAUCAAAUUUGGUUGCAAACCGGACCCGCCGCUUCAAGUGGGCUAUCGAAUUCGGGAGCGGGGGAAAUAGGAGUCGAAGUGAUAGGGGGGCUCCACAAGACAGCAUGUAUCCAGUGGGAUAUUCAGACAAACAGGUCCCCGACACAAGUGUGCAAGAGUCCGACCACAUCUUAGUGGAGAAGCGUUGCUGGGAUAUCGCUCUUGGACCACUCAAGCAGAUCCCUAUGAACUUGUUCAUCAUGUAUAUGGCCGGAAACACAAUCUCCAUCUUCCCAAUCAUGAUGGUUUGCAUGAUGGCGUGGAGGCCUAUACAGGCACUUCUUGCAACACCAGCCACCUUCAAGCUCCUAGAAAGUUCUGGCCAGCGCUUCCUGCAGGGACUGGUUUACUUGAUCGGGAACCUGCUUGGGCUGGCACUGGCUGUCUACAAGUGUCAGUCAAUGGGGCUUCUGCCCACUCAUGCAUCAGAUUGGUUGGCCUUCAUUGAACCACCGGAGAGAAUGGAAUACUCAGGUGGUGGACUUCUAUUAUGAGAGAGACACACCGAAUACUCAGAGAACUGCAAGGAACAGUAAUUAGACUGACCUCAAUCCGCUUGUGAUUAUUCUACUGUUUUUUUUUUUCUUUUAAAGUAAAUUAUUGCCCUACUCAGCUCUGGUUAUCUAUGUAUUUCAUGUUUUCCCACUACCCUUCCAAAGAAUAAUAAAAAAACAAACUAUCUUUAUAAAACAA